GAAAGCACCGAUCGAUUGGCUUAUUCCUAGGUGGCGUUGCUUGGAAACGGACGGGAUAGCGAUGUUUAAGUUCAGGUGUACAAAUCCCAAUUUAGAAAAAGAAAGGUUCAAAGACGAUAAUUAUAAAACUUUGACGUCCGACCAACAGGAAGAAGUUGAAGAAUCUGUUCAGAGCCAUUAUGAUUGCUUAAGAACAGUAAAUCAAUGCAGUACAGAAUGUCCUUUACUGUGGAGAGACAAACAUGUUGUUUUUCUCAAGAAAGGACUAGUGUCACUAACUCAACUGUAUGAGUGUCUUGAUUCGAGUCGUCCUUGGCUUUGUUACUGGAUUCUCCACAGUUUAGAUUUAUUGGACGAACUAAUAACUAAUGACCUAAAAGAACAUAUUAUUCAGUUUUUAGCAAGAUGUCAGCAACCAGAUGGUGGAUUUGGAGGUGGACCUGGACAGCAGAGUCAUCUGGCACCCACAUAUGCUGCAGUCAAUGCUCUUUGUAUUCUUGGUACAGAAGAAGCUUAUGAAGUAAUUGAUAGGGAGAAACUCCAACAGUUUCUAUAUCAAAUGAAAAAUCCAGAUGGAUCAUUUUCUCUUCACAAAGACAGUGAAAUUGAUGUCAGGGGAGCUUACUGUGCUCUGGCCGUGGCGAGACUGACAAAUAUUUAUACUCCAGAAUUAUUUGAAGGAACAGCUGACUGGGUCAGUCGUUGUCAGACGUACGAAGGUGGUUUUGGUGGCGUUCCGGGUAUGGAAGCCCACGGAGGAUACACGUUCUGCGGAUUCGCUAGUCUGGUCUUACUGGGAAGAGAACACAUGUGCAACAUCAAGAGUCUUUUGAGGUGGCUGGUGAAUCGACAGAUGAGGUACGAGGGUGGCUUUCAGGGAAGGACCAACAAAUUGGUGGAUGGCUGCUAUUCCUUCUGGCAGGGUGGAAUGUUUCCUCUCAUUCACCGUGCACUCAGUAAGACAGAUAAUCUAACAAUGAGUAUGGAAAAUUGGUUAUUCAAUCAAAUUGCAUUACAAGAGUACCUUCUAGUCUGCUGUCAGGCUGCUCUGGGCGGACUGAUCGACAAACCAGGAAAGAACAGAGAUUUUUAUCACACGUGUUAUGCACUGAGCGGACUCUCCGUGGCCCAGCAUUUCGGAGGAGGUCUAUUUGCCAAAAGCUGUAUCGUCGGCAAUCCAAAAAAUGAGUUGGUUCCCACCCAUCCAGUGUACAACAUUGGUGUGGACGCGGCAGUACAAGCCAUGCAGUACUUUCGAGAGUUGCCCAUGCCGGAGGGCAGGAAGAACGCUGGAUCCGAUGACUCGUGAGCGGCAAGGCGGUCCAACCCGAGGAAAUUUCUCGUUUUGUUUUUAUCAUUCAGUUUGUAUCAAAUUCUUUCCACGUUAAAAUAAAAGAGGGUUGACGGACUCUGCCAACUUCAAAAUCUUCUUGGUCUUUCUUAAACCAAAAGUUUCCACUCAUGACCAUUUCGAAUAAA